UAUCGGAAUCCUGCUUGGCCCGUCUGUUUACAACCUUUGUUAUUUGUUGAUUUUUCUGCAUGGGGACCCGCUGAAAACCCGUGUGCAGCAUGCUGAAACACUGCUUUAUCCAUGUGGACUACACGCGUCUGCAUGCACAGCAGAAAAUGCAGCCCAAAUGCGGCGAGAUAUUCUACGAGCAGGAGUGCAACAGCUUCCACUUGGCCUGCUGCCUGUGCGACAUGAAGCACUUUUCAUUCGAUGAUUUCGUGCGGCACAUUCGCAACAUACACUUUGACAAGCAGGGCAAGCCGCAGGCGGUUCAGCAGCCCCAGCCUAACUCUGCGCAAGAUAAAUUCCUCCCAGUAGUGAAAUAUGACGAUGUACAGGAACUGGAAGACCCUUGCACAUUGCGCAUCAGUGACGUCCAGUCGCAGGGCAGCCAGGAAACUGAAAGGCUCUGGGAGUAUGCAGAGAAUUCCUCCGACACUGAGAGUGACGGCUGCGACCUGAAGCCAGAGACCAUUUUAGGCAGCCCCUGUGAAAGGACAGAUGAAGAAGAUCAGGAUGAGGACGAGGACGAGGAGGAGGACCAGAAAAGUAUUUUCAAGCGCCCGCCAAAAGAACUCUGCUGUAAGCACUGUGAUCGCAAAUACACAUCGAUGAAAUACCUGAACAUUCACAUAAAGAUGAGCCAUCCGCACCCCAAGGCGUUCAAGUGCAGCGACUGUGGAGACGACUUCGAUGCGGUGCGAGCCCUGGAGGCGCAUCGGCGUAAGAUGCACACUGACUUCAGCUGCAAACUGUGUGCCAAGAUCUUCAAGAACUCACGCACUCUCCUCCGUCAUGUGCAGGCACAUUCUGGUUUGCGGCAGUACAAGUGCGACUUUGAGAAUUGUGAGAAAUCGUUUACGAACAAGCACAACCUCAACUCGCAUCGCCGCAUCCACAGAACGGAUCGAAACUAUGUGUGCGAGCUGUGCGGUUAUAGGUCGCGAUACCGCGAGGCUCUCAUCGUUCAUCGACGCUCCCACACGGGCGAGAAGCCCUUCAAGUGCGAGACCUGCGAGCGCUGCUUCGCCUCAAAGUCACUGCUGAACGAACAUCAGCCGAUGCACUCCACGGAACGUCCUUACAAGUGCAACGAUUGCGACGCAGCCUUCUCCCGCCCCAAGGCUCUCUACCACCACAAGCAUCUACACCUGGGCAUCAAAAAGUUCAAAUGCAAAGUCUGUGGCAAUGCCUACGCCCAGGCGGCGGGACUCUCGGCCCACAUGCGGGGACACAAGCAGCAGGCUGCCAACGGUGUGUCCGACGGCAACGAAAUGGAGAUCUUAUUCACUUGCUAAGCACUCAAACCCCCACUGUACCUACAUAUCCACAUUAAGAUCAUUUUCUAUAUAUGUAUGCCUCUAUAGAAUGCUAUGCAAAACGAGAGCUUGCACGCUGUGAGCAGCGACAAGAGCCGCUGCCUACAUAUAUCCGUUACUCAGUCAGUGUUGCAUAUGUUUGUAAUCGUACAUAUGAUUCAUGUACCGUUAAUUGUUCACUCUGUCCGUUUUACACCUAAUGAAUUUCCACCUCUCAUCUAGCACCAACAAAAACAUGAGAAAGAGAGAGAGAGAGAGAGAGAGGAUGAGAAAGUUUUCGCUGGGAUUAACUGUGCAAUAUAAUAGGUUUAGUUAUUAUUUAAGAAUUUUUGUUUUGUGUUUUCUUUAGUUAUUAUCUCCGCGAUCUAGCACAAAAAUAUGUAAAAUAUUUCUGUACUAUGCAUGGUAUGCACUAUAUAUACAUUUUGUUUUCGAUCUGAUUGAAGAAUGAUAAACACGAUUGAUUUGCAUUUUCAACAUUUAUUUUCAGGAACAGGAACUUAUUUCUAUGCACAUUGUAUAUAUGCAUGUAAAGUUACAUAUAUCCGAUGUUAAUUUGAAUUCCCAUUUCUUCCUCUUUUUCCAACUGUUCAUUUUUGUACAUAUUAUAUAUCAAGUAUAUAAUACUCUAUCUCUGAUUUUGUUCAUCACCCUGUGCUAGUUUUAUGUGUAAUCAACUGACAGACAUCAGAGUACUGGAGUUAAAUGAAUUGUAUUGUAGUUAAUGUCGGGUCUGUAGUUAAAUAUCCAUUUAUAUUGUAUAGUUAUUUUGUAUACGCAAAUAUGUAUGUAAUAUUUAACAAAACAAAAGUGUUUCCACUACACUUAAAAGAAUAUAUUUAAGUUAUUUAUUUAUUUUGGUUCGCGCAAAAAUGUAUGUAAUAUUCCAAAUAUCUAUAUCUGAAGUUAAUAUUUUUUCGUGGGGUUUCAUAUUCGGUUAGUUUUACACAGCUAAUGUCUGUUCUGCAGUUAAAUAUCCAUAUGUAAUAUUUAACAUAACCGAAGUUUUUCAUAUUUUCUGUUUGGUUUUAGUUGGCUACUCCUUACAUUUGUCAGUUGUAAGAAGAAGUAUUUAAAAUAAACACCACAUUCGAGAAGCAGAG